GGCCAGCGCUCUUCUCGCUCGCCUCAGAAGCCAGGUGUAGAUGAGAGGGAUGGAGUUUAUGAUGGGGAUGGAGAACGAUCCCCUGAUCGCCACCAUCCACCAUCUGAUGGACUUCCCGGAGGAGGUGGAGAAGGUGGUGAGCACCCCCGCCCGCGCCUACGUCCGUGACCGCAAGGCCAUGGCCUCCACCCCGGCGGACGUCAAGGAGGUGCCCGGCGCGCUGGUGUUCGAAAUCGACAUGCCCGGGGCCAAGACCGGAGAGAUCAAGGUGCAGGUGGAGGACGACCACACCCUGGUCGUCAGCGGGGAGCGGCGCCGGGCGGAGGACAAGGAAGGCAAGUACCAGCGCAUGGAGCGGCGCAUGGGGAAGUUCAUGCGCAAGUUCCCGCUGCCGGAGGACGCCAACCUCGAAGCCAUCACAGCGUGCUUCCAGGAGGGGGUGCUCACCGUCAGGGUGGAGAAGAAGCCGCCGCCGGAGCCGAAGAAGGCCAAGACCAUCGAGGUCAAGGUUGGGGGCUCAUCCGAAGGCUAGGACGAGAUGCAUGGGGUGUAGUAUCCGACAUGCGUCGAGGUGUGGUCAGUAUAGAAUAUACGUGUUGGUGUGCUGGUGUUUUGUAUUAGGUAGGUGUUACGUAGUUAUCAAAUAAACAAAAUGUGAAGUCUUCUACGUAAAUAUACGUGCCAUAUCCUCUGGAUAUGUCCACUGGAACAAAGCCAGCGGGGUUUGUUGGUUUUCCAAAAUAUUAUUUUAUGUGUAGUUGGACGAAUAUCAAAAGGCCAUGUACGAAGGGCUUAGAAAAUUG